GUUUCUUCGUGAGUGACCAGCCUUCAUUCCGAGGCGCACGCGGAAGUCGACAGUCCUCCGCUUCUAUUUUCUUUUGAGGACUAUGCUGCCCGGCUCGUUCCAACGCUGGGUACUCAAGCUCAAGGACAAGGAGUGUGUGCGGUUUCUUCUCCGUCCGACAACGAGCGACAUAUCGUCUUCAAGUAGUUCGUCACGGGAUUCGGCGCGCGAGUUCAAGAUAAAGGUUUUGGACCCGCUCACGUCUGAGGACUUUGCAUGGCUUCCUCUCCCGACCACAGGCUGUUUGCCGGGACCGCAAUGCGCAGCACUUAGCGCUCAUCUCCACACUUACCUUUCCUUCUAUUCACCACCAACUUCGCCAACUGAUGACGACGUCGCGGUGGGGGACAUCCUGGCGUACAUUACCAAGGUGGCCCGCGAGUUUCGCACGCAGCGGUACGAUAACAACAAUGCACCGCUCAUGUAUGUCCGCAUCCAGGUUGGGCAAGCGUCCUGCAGCGCUUUGCUGGAUAGCGGCGCGACUCGCAACUUCAUGAGCCAGUCUUUUAUGCAAAGAGCUGGCCUUGGCGCACAAGUUCAAAGGAAGGCAAACCCGACGGCGAUCAAGUUGGCGGAUGGAAAGACACAACAACUACUCGACCGUUACAUCGAGGCCGUACCGGUCUACUUCGCACCUCAUGCAUGCGAACCGGUGACAUUCGAUAUUCUCGACACGGACUUCGACAUCAUUCUGGGAAUGCCUUGGCUUGCAAGUGCGGAUUACACGGUCAACUUCCAUCGGCGGACUUUUAGCGUUCACAACGCCUUCGGUGCGGAAGUGGCGUGUACGAUUCCUCUACCGCACUCUUCGAUCCGGUGCCAAGUGGUAACAGCCAAAUCAUUCCGGGUGACUUGUGCUUACGAGCAGCCCGAGGAGAUCGGCAUAUGUUUCCUACGGACCGUCACGGUAGCCGACUCUUCACCCACGGACUUGUCUUCGGAACCCCGUGUGGUACGGUUGCUGGACGAGUUCGCCGACAUCUUCGAGUCACCUACCGGUGUGGUGCCGGGUCGGCCGAUCUCUCACGAGAUCAUUCUUGAGGUCGCCGAUAUUCUCGUCUACAGCCGGACAUUGGAGGAUCAUCUUGGACAUCUUCGACGAGUGUUGGAGACGCUCCGCCGUGCCAAGUACAAGGCCAACCGCGACAAGUGCGAAUUUGUCCGGCAAGAGCUGGAAUGCUUGGGCCAUUUUGUCACACCGGAGGGCAUCAGUCCGCUAUCGGACAAGAUUCAGGCCGUCCAAGAGUGGCCGGAGCCUCGGAACGUCACGGAUGUCCGCUCGUUCCUCGGUCUUACCGGCUACUAUCAGCGCUUCAUCAAAGGCUACUCCAAAAUCGCGGCCCACUUGAACAAGCUUCAGUGCGAGGAUCGGCCGUUUGACUUCGGAGAGGAGGCGCGGGGAUCAUUCCUCGCUCUCAAAGCCGCGCUAUUGUCUGCGGAGGUCUUGUGGAUAUACGACCCGCUCGCGCCUACACGUGUCACUACGGAUGCGUCAGGCUAUGGCAUUGGUGCAGUCCUCGAGCAACAUGAUGGUGUGGACUGGCACCCGGUCGAGUACUUCAGCAAGAAAGUGCCACUCGUGCAUUCCAUUGACAAUGCACGCAAGAAGGAGUUCCUCGCCUUCGUCCACACGCUCAAGCGGUGGCGGCACUUCCUCGUUGGUCGAAGCCAAUUUCGCUGGGUGACGGACAACAAUCCGUUGGUCUUCUACAAGACCCAAGACACCGUCAACAGCACCAUCGCUCGAUGGAUGGCUUUUAUUGACCAGUUCGACUUCUUUCCCGAUCACAUUCCCGGGAAGUCGAACCGUUUUGCGGAUGCUCUCUCACGGCGUCCGGAUCAUUGUACCGCAGUCUACUCGAACUUCGAGAUUGACGACGACCUGCGGAACAGCUUCAUCCGCGGCUACCAAGCCGACCCCGAUUUUCGCGACAAGUACGCGAAUUGCUCCUCUCCUAAUCCGGCUCCUUCUCACUAUCGGAUCCAAGAGGGGUACUUGCUUGUCCACACGCGGGGGAAGGACCUUCUUUGUGUACCGAGUGAUCCUCACUUGCGUACACGGCUUCUUGGCGAGUUCCACGACGCUCCCGCCACUGGACAUUUUGAAGUCAAUCGCACAAUUGGCCGACUUCGCCAUCAAUUUUGGUGGCCCGACCUUCUCGGCGACGUCACGCGCUAUUGCGAGUCAUGCGAGGUUUGCCGACGCUGCAAAUCCCGCAACCAUCGUCCGUACGGUGAGCUACAACCAUUGCCAGUCCCGUUGAGGCGAAGGGAAGCGAUUGCCAUGGACAUCAUCGGCCCGUUCCCCAAGCACAAGACCGGAGUGGAUGGGAUUUUCACGGUGGUCGACCGACUCACCAAGUUCGCCAUGUUUUUGCCUUGUCGCUAUCAUGCCAAGGCACCGGAGUUGGCCGAGGUUCUGUACGCCGGUUGGAUUCGCAUCAAAGGGUUACCCAAAGGAGAUCGUCUGCGACCGCGACACUCGAAAGACUGGGUUGAGCGACUGCCGGAUGUCGAGUUGGCCUACAACUCUUCCAUCCACCCGGCUAUUGGGAUAUCGGCCUUCGAGUUCGAGCACGGCUCGCCGGUCACAUCACUGUUGGACACGAUUACUCCACGCACGGUCGAGAGCGACGACCAUCUUCUUUUCUUGCGCCGGAUGCAAGAGCUUCUUGUCAAGGCAUGCGACCAGAUGGCUAAGACGCAACAACGCAUGCGCCAACAGGAGAACCACCAGCGUCUUCCUUGUCCAUUCCGCGCCGGAGACCUUGUCUGGGUUUCAGCAGCGGAAUUCAGCCUUGAACAGGACAUCUCUCGCAAGCUCCUUCCGAAAUGGAUGGGGCCUUGGCCGAUCAUCGAGCCCGCUGGGGACGCACCUGAGGGGCCUUCCUUCACGAUUCAGGUGCCUAGCCACUUGCCCGUCUACCCAGUCUUCCAUUGUUCCAAAUUGGCUCUGUACACGCCUGCGGAACAUGAUGAUUUUCCCGAGAGACGUACGCAGGAUCCACCUUCUAUGAAUGGUUUUCAGGAGGUUGGCGACAUCAUCUCCCAGCGACGCUACGACAACAAGCCAACUGAGUAUCUGGUGCACUUUGCUUACUGCACUCAUCGAGCUGAUCGUUGGUUGACCCAUGCGGAACUGCAAGCGACAGCUCCAGACGUUCUCGCACGCUACGAACGCAAGAUGCAAGGCAAGCCGGAUUCUUCGGCUCCACGCCGCGCCCGCGUCCAGGUUCCACCUUCAGAUCGAUGGCUUCGCCCUCGCCCUGGCUUGACUUCAUAAGGAGGGGGGGGUGUUACAUGCAGCACGUGCACACACGGGCCAUUUUGCAGGCCCGACGAUGUUCAGGCCAAAAGCCUGAACU